AUGGUGAACGUCGACCAAAAGGCAGUCCUCAUCGUUAUCGAUGGCUGGGGUGUUGCCAGCGAGAAGUCCCGCAAGGAUGGCGACGCAAUUCUCGCUGCUGACACUCCUACCAUGGACGGCUUCGCUGCAGACGGCUCCAAGACUGCCCAGGGCUAUACCGAGCUCGAGGCUUCGUCCCUCGCCGUCGGCCUUCCGGAAGGCCUCAUGGGCAACAGCGAGGUCGGACAUUUGAACAUCGGCGCAGGCAGGGUCGUCUGGCAGGACGUUGUUCGCAUUGACCAGACCAUCAAAACCGAAAAGCUGAAGGACGUCAAGACCAUCCAGGAAUCCUUUGGCCGCGCUAAGAAUGGAAACGGUAGGCUCCAUCUUUGCGGUCUCGUUUCUGACGGCGGUGUCCACUCCCACAUCAACCACUUGGUCGCCCUUCUCAAGGUUGCAAAGGACACUGGAGUCCCCAAUGUCUUCAUCCACUUCUUCGGUGAUGGCCGAGACACCGACCCCAAGUCUUCUGCGCGUUACAUGGAGGACUUGCUCAAGGCGACCAAGGAGAUCGGACUUGGCGAAAUCGCAACCGUCGUUGGACGAUACUUCAUCAUGGACCGUGACAAGAGGUGGGAUCGCGUUGAGAUCGGUCUCAAGGGAUUGGUCGUGGGAGAGGGCGAGGACAGCAGCGAUCCCGUCGCUACUAUCAAGGAACGUUAUGAGAAGGGAGAGACCGAUGAGUUUUUGAAGCCUAUUAUUGUAGGUGGAAAGGACCGAAGAAUCCAGGAUGGAGACACUGUCUUCACCUUCAACUACCGUUCCGACCGUGUUCGCGAGUUCACCCAGCUCUUGGGCGGUUUCGACCGAUCCCCCAAACCCGACUUCCCAUACCCCAAGGACAUCUCGCUGACGACGAUGACCCAAUACAAUGUCCAAUUCCCAUACCCAAUUGCCUUCCCUCCCCAGCGCAUGAACGAUGUCCUCGCGGAGUGGCUCGCCAAGCAGGGCGUCAAACAAUGUCACGUUGCCGAGACGGAGAAGUACGCACACGUUACUUUCUUCUUCAACGGCGGUGUUGAGAAGCAGUUCGACAACGAGGAACGUGAGAUGGUUCCAUCGCCCAAGGUUGCCACCUACGACCUCCAGCCCAAGAUGAGCGCCAUGGCCGUAGCAGAGAAGCUGUGUGAGAGAAUCAAGGAGGGCAAGUUCGAAUUCUUGAUGAACAACUUCGCACCCCCAGACAUGGUCGGACACACUGGAGUCUACAAGGCCGCCAUUGAGGGCGUGUCUGAGACUGACAAGGCUAUCAAGCUUGUCUACGAGCAGUGCAAGGAGAGCGGCUACGUUCUGUUUGUCACAGCCGAUCAUGGCAACGCUGAAGAGAUGCUCAACGAGGAGGGCAAGCCCAAGACCUCACACACUACCAACAAGGUCCCCUUCGUUAUGGCCAAUGCUCCUGAGUCUUGGAACCUGAAGAAGACUGACGGUGUUCUCGGCGAUGUCGCCCCUACGAUCCUUGCAACCAUGGGUCUCCCGCAGCCCGAAGAUAUGGACGGUCACAGCUUGUUGGUCAAGUCUUAG